UUUCUUUCACAAAGAUUUUUCUCUCAGUUUUCUUGUGCAUCUUCGUCAUCAUCACCACCUCUCACUAACAACAUGUCCACCACUUCUGGUCUCGUCAUUCCCUGCAAAGCUGCCGUUGCAUGGGAAGCAGGGAAACCACUGGUGAUAGAAAAAGUGGAGGUGGCUCCGCCACAGGCCAUGGAAGUGAGGAUCAAGGUUAAAUAUACCUCACUCUGCCAUACUGAUCUCUACUUCUGGGAGGCCAAGGGACAAACUCCAUUGUUUCCCCGAAUUUUCGGCCAUGAGGCUGCUGGAAUUGUGGAGAGUGUUGGAGAAGGAGUCACAGACUUGCAGGUUGGGGAUCAUGUGCUUCCAGUAUUCACCGGUGAAUGUGGUGAAUGCGCUCAUUGCAAAUCCGAGGAAAGCAACAUGUGUGACCUCCUGAGAAUAGAUACAGAGAGAGGAGUCAUGCAUAGUGAUGGUAAAAGCAGGUUUUCCAUUAAUGGUACGCCAAUAAACCACUUUGUUGGCACGUCCACGUUUAGUGAGUACACUGUGAUACAUUCUGGAUGCUUGGCAAAGCUCAAUCCACUGGCACCAAUGGAUAAAGUAUGUGUCCUCAGUUGUGGUAUCUCAACAGGAUUGGGAGCAACUUUGAAUGUAGCAAAACCAAAGAAGGGUUCUACAGUGGCAGUGUUUGGUCUUGGAGCUGUUGGACUUGCUGCUGCUGAGGGUGCCCGAAUUGCUGGUGCAUCUAGAAUUAUUGGAAUUGAUUUGAACCCAAACAGGUUUGAAGAAGCAAAAAAAUUUGGAAUAACCGAUUUUGUGAAUCCACAGGACUAUGAUAGGCCAGUUCAACAGGUGAUUGCGGAAAUGACCAAUGGAGGAGUUGAUCGAAGUAUAGAGUGCACUGGAAACAUUAACGCAAUGAUAUCUGCUUUUGAAUGUGUUCAUGACGGAUGGGGUGUUGCUGUGCUUGUUGGAGUUCCAACUAAGGAUGCAGUUUUCAUGACCAAGCCCAUUAAUUUGCUCAACGAAAGAACACUAAAAGGAACUUUCUUUGGAAAUUACAAGCCCAGGACCGAUCUUCCAUCUGUGGUCGAUAUGUAUAUGAACAAGAAAUUGGAAUUGGACAAGUUUAUAACCCACAGAGUUCCUUUCUCUGAAAUCAACAAGGCAUUUGAUCUAAUGUUGAGAGGGGAGGGACUAAGGUGUAUCAUUAGUAUGGAAGACUAAAGAAUUUGAAAGAAAAAAAAAAUGAUAGAUCCAUAUGAAUAAUUUUCAGCUAUGUGUAAUUAAUAAAUGUUUCAAUAUCAUCCAUAAUAAUGAUAUUGAGUAAUCACUUCACAUUCAAAAUCAUUCCUACUAUUUUCUAAAUUUAACUUCAGAAAAAUCCGGACUAGUUCUUUUAAGGCAAUGUAAAAUGGAUGAAAUAUACAUUGUUUCAUGUGGUAUUUUGCAUAUUCCUACCAUUGAAGAACAUUAGAGAACAAGACAGAAUUCAUACUGUUA